GCUGCUGCGCGCGCUGGAGCCCGGUGCGCUCGCGCUUACACACGGCCCAACACACACAUACACACACACGAUCUCACUACCGAGGAUCCAACCUCACAGACUCACCCUCACACCUUCUGCAGAAGAUCAGCACCAAACCGAGCAGCCGCGCUUCCUCUCCUCACUGCAGCCUCCCUCCACUUAGGGAUUUUUGCUUGGAGAGCCAGUGGCGCGCGCCACCUCCUCACACACACUCUCGUUCCUUCUGAUUUGCGCAACUGUGUUUUUUCGCUUCAUCCAGCACCUCAUUUGACUGCAGAUAAGAAGAUGGUUCAGGAUUCUGUCCGCAACUAUCGCAGGAUUUGGAUCGCUGCUCGCGCCUCCGUGCCGGUAAAGCGGCGCUGAAAAAAGCAGAGGACGCGUCUCUGUUUGCAUGCUGGAACUUUGAGACUACAGACGGGCGAGCAAGUGUACAACUCGCUCAGGGCUGUGCUUUUCUUUUCUAUCUGUCUCUUUUUUGGACUCAUGGCUCUGCGCAUAAUGGACCUGGUCGGGCUCUCUCUGCUCCAGCUGGCCGUGAUCGGAGUUCCGCGGCUGGUGCUAGGAGGCCGAUGGGACUGCCUGACUGCAGGGGACUCAUGCUCCAGUGACGAAGCAUGCAGUCCACGGCUGCGGACGCUGCGGCAGUGUGUGGCGGGUGGCGGCAGCGUGAAGCUGGGGCCUGGAGCACGCAACCACUGUGAGAACGCUGUGAAUGCUCUGCUGGCCAGCCCUCUACAUCGCUGCCAAUGUAAACGCGGCAUGAAGAAGGAGAAGAACUGCCUCAGCAUCUACUGGAGCCUCAAGCAGUCUGUGUUACACGGACUGAGCCUUGUGGAGAGUUAUCCAUAUGAGCCUGUGGAACGAGGGUCUGAUUACGUCCGUCUGGCUUCUAUUGCUGCAGAGUCUGAGGCGGGCAUGUCUGCAGUGAACCGCUGUCUGGACGCGGCGAAGGCGUGUAACGUGGAUGACACGUGUCAGAAGCUGCGCACCGAGUACGUGUCUGCGUGCAUCGCCCCGUCUGCGCGCGCCGGGCCCUGUAACCGCGCGCGCUGCAGCAAGGCCCUGCGCAAGUUCUUCGACCGCGUGCCGCCCGACUUCACGCACGAGCUGCUCUUCUGUCCCUGCUCGGACACCGCGUGCGCGGAGCGCCGCCGCCAGACCAUCGUUCCCGCGUGCUCGUUCGAGGAGCGCGACAAACCCAACUGCCUGGCGCAGCUGCGCGUGUGCGAGGCGGACUACGUGUGCAAGUCUCGCUGGGCCCAGUUCCAGCACGACUGCCAGCCCUCACAGCUCACUGCCAGCAGCUGCCAGCAAGACAACUACGGGGCCUGCCUCAUCGCAUACACCGGCCUGAUAGGGAGCACCAUCACUCCAAACUACUUGGACAAUUCCACUUCUAAUGUUGGGCCAUGGUGCUCAUGUGCAGCCAGUGGAAAUCACAGAGAGCAGUGCAAUCUCUUCCUUGACCAUUUCCAUGACAACAUCUGCCUGAAGAAUGCCAUCCUUGCAUUUGGAAACGACACUGACCCCAAAUCAGCUGCUAACCAGCCAGGAGCAGCCAGCCCAAAUACCAUCACUCCGAAACAGCGCUUAGCUACCAGCACCACAACCACUACCACCAUAGGCAUGGGCAUGGAGACCCAGCAGAACAUCCUCCAUCCUCAGAUGCCCACACAGAUGAACGACAGAGACAGACUGUGGAGCGACUCCACCCUCCCCUCACCUGAUCUCUAUGACAACAGCCCUGGACGUCCUGGCUCUGCAGUGUCCGUCUGGUUCCUCUCAGUUCUGCUGCUGGCCCUUCACUUCUAGAAUCAAAAGCAGCCAAUUGUAGCUCAGCAGCAUGGAGUCAGGACAGUUUGUGUGUGUGGCUGUUUAUGAAUCUUAACCAUUUAUGGAUUUCAUCAUUAAUAAAAAAAAAAAUUUUAAGUCCCUGGAGAAAAGAUAGAAUGGAUUAUGAGAGCACAAGAGAGAUUAACAAACUUUUCCAAAAACAUCAAAAAAAGAAGAAAAAAAAAAAAAACAUGGCCGAGUUUUCAGCCCUCAAUGUGAAGUAGUGAUUUAUUUUAUGAGCACACAGCUUUACGACAGUGGACCAGUUUGCUUGAGACCGAACUGGAGUAAAGAGUGUGUCUAUGUAUGUGUUCAUGUGUAAAACUCUUUCUCCUAUGGUCUCUCUGUAAAACAGACCCAAGUCUGGAGUGCAAAAACUAAAAGAACUGCACUAGAACUUCAUAUAAUCCCUCUUUUUUAAACCAUCCUUAUUUCAAUUCCUAUUUUUCCAAAGUUAAUGAGCUGAUAUAAUGAUUUUGGUACAUAUGUGUUAACUGAAGGACACAGUUCUGUAGCAUAUGCAUAUGGGACAAAGCACAGCUACCAGUGUCUUGUUGGAGAGUUGAAUUCUUACGCUAGUUGUUGUGACGAGGACUCUUCAUGAGAAGGCACUUCGUUGCUGAUGGGCUCACAGAGAUGUUUAAAUAAGAUGAUGUUCUUUAUUUUUGUAAUGUGGAUGAGAUGUUCAUAUCAUUAGUGAAGUCCUCUCUUACUUUACAGUCUGGACUUUUCCUCUGCAGUAAAAUCUGCACGUUACAAUCCCUUUCUUUUAAACUCAGACUGAAUCGCCAUGUGUUUUGGACUUUAAAAUCUUUCAGUAGGACAUGAGUGGAAAAUCACCUUUAUUUUAGAAAUGUUAUGGAAGCCACACAAGCUGAGGAAAACGUAACAUGUUAAACAGUGGCCAAAGUGUUGCGAAACAAUUUCUCGAUCAGUUUUCAGCUGAUGUUAUCCAUGUCAGUAUAACGGAGAAUACUUGAGUGUCUAAAACACUUUCACCAGCCGCGUGGACUUUGCAGUGGCCAUGUCAACGGAAACUGAAGCACAACUCAAGCAAGUGAAACCUCCUGUGCAUUCGAUAUCCAGAAGCCAUAAUAUUUAUUUUUAUCACUCACUGCUUAUCACAACACUGCUAUAUCUCAGCCAAUCAAGAAGAGCACAAAGAGCAACGCUGUUGUCCCACUGAGGAUCUGAGGACUGCUUCUGUCAUAAGCAGCCAGCCAGUACUGCUAGUCUGUCUGGGCUGCAUCAGCGAGAACUUAUUUAAACCCCACCCCCAAAGACUAUUGACCAAUCAGCUUCUUGUGGCACAAAAAAAGGAUCAGGCUGGCAACUGGGUGGAGUUUGUGGGUUUAAUACAUGUAAUUUCCUGAAAAAUAAAGCUGCCAUAUGAGGA